AUGACCAUUGAAGUUACGGAUCUCACCGAGGUGGAUAUCCCAGGGGCAGUAAAGGCGGUACAACAGGCUUUCAGCGGAGACCCGUACAAUGUCUGGUUCAACCAGCAACGAAAUUACGAAUCUCUGGCCCUCCGCAUGAGAUGGGGCAUCCGUAACGGCAUCUUCCACGUUGCAAAAGAGCAAGGCAGCGACGAGGUGCUGGGCGUGGCGAUGUGGCUUCCUCCACAGCCCGCCGACGCGCCGUCGACUUGGAAUGAUUGGUUUGAGGGAUGGCGGCUUUGGUUUGGACAGCGGUACUACAUCUGGAAAGAAGCUCAAGCCAAAGCCCAGCGCGAGAUCUGGACUGAUCCUAGGGGGUACUACUUUCUCAACAUCAUGGUUGUGCUGCCCUCCGCUCAGGGGAAAGGUGUGGGCGCGAGAAUGGUGAAGGUUGUUACGGACCGGGCUGAUGCGGAGGGUGUCAAGUGUUAUCUGGAGUCGAGUAAGGACGUGCCGAAUGUGAAGAUUUAUGGGCGGUGGGGGUUCGUGUUUGAGAGGGAGAUGAUUUGUGAUGAUGAAGGGGAUGCGAUUCGGUUGUUUACCAUGGUGAGGGAACCUGGAGCCAAGGCUGGGGAUGGUAGGGGUGGUGGGUGA